AUGGUAACGUCGAAAAUAAUUCAAGAGGUCUACAUCUCAAGUCAGUGGAUGUUGACUGAUUUCGAACCCAGUGCAGUUGAGGCUUCCUUGAACGAAUGCAAACUUCGAUGGAUUAAUGCUCCUGAACGAAUGUCGGAUGGCGUCUACGAUCUGGGUUUGCGCUAUUGUGUCGACCCACUCCUCCGAGUAACCAGAUACACCACAUUUCCCCUUGAUCGGAUCAGCAAGAAAGGCGGAGAUGGCAAUGUGAACUUCAAGGAAAUGUCCCGAAUACUUGAUGCCGACUGGAAAAGACCGAUUAAUCAGGGCGUCUUUCUGCUAUACCCACAGCGCGUUGCCUUGCGGGAAGUCAUUACGAAUUACAGGGAAACCGGCUUCGUUCCCGAGCCUCCAAUAAAUAACCCCAAAAUAAGGUUUAUCGCAGUGAGCUCUGCCGUUUGCCCGUCAAAAGAGGUAAACGAUAGUAUCGGUGCCUACAACCACGACCUCGUGGUAAUUGUGAAAUCAGCCGUCUAUAACUUUGAGGAUAGACGCAAAUUCCGCGGUCUUUACGCCCAUCUGAGGAAUCAGAGCGUCAACUUGCCCUAUCGCAUCGGCAUCGUCUUCUCCGUAGGAUUGCCGAGAACCGCACGUGACAAUGUAUUCCAGCGUGAUGGUUUUAACUUCUCCCUACCUGGUCGGGCUGGGACCGUUCUGAUCAACCUCGGCAAACACCAGGCCAUUACUCAAGCCCGUCUUGAGGAGGAGAUACGUCAACAUGAUGACCUCAUUGUGGGCGACUAUGAGGACACCUACUUCAAUCUGACCCUAAAGAUGCAUCACAGCUUCGUGUGGGCUUCCCGAUUCUGUCAUGGACGGCCGGGCUUCCUUUUCCUCGACGACGACUUUGCCUUCAUUGAGAAAAACCUGCUAGCCGCGCUGGACAAACUGCCGGCCGAUUGGCGACGCAAA